CUGAAGUUUAGUGGAAGCGACCAGAAGGCGGAGAGCGUUCGACUUGUUCGCUCGCGGCGGAGCUCGAGCGAGAGAGGGUGGCUGAGUCCGCCUGCCCCGUGCACAGUCAGCAGGGUUCGGGGCAGUGGGGAACUUUCCCCGCCCUCUCCCUCCCAUAUCCCACCCCUCCCUCCUCCUCCAUAACACAGCGGUAAUAAACCAUGGUGUGAGGAUACUCAGCCAGCGUGAGAAAGAUAGGAGAUAUACAGGCAAAUAUCGAGAGACAGAGAAAAGAGGGUGCACCGAGCGGGGAAAGUUUAUAGACAGCCUGGGCUGUGUGUGGGAGGGAGGCCGCGAACAGCCGCCGACAGGCUCUGCGCUACAAAGAAGAGGCGAACUCUGGAAGUGUGAACCGGGGAGGGGGUGUAUGAUGGGUGGGACUGGCAUCGCUCCUGAUUAGAGGCGGGGAGAACCCAGGCACUUCGUAAAAACUGAUGAGCGCUCGACCCGCCAACUACCUCUUAGGUGAAGUAUUAAAAUUGACCGGGACCCCCACCGCCCCCUUCCUAUCCAACCCAGUCGUCAAUUUAAUGGGGGUUGGUGCGGAGUCCCGGAGCCCGUGUGAGAGCUGCUCUUCAUCUGGAAUCAAAGUGUGUCUCAUCCUCCCGCUCGGCUUCCCCCCAUGCUCCAACUUGUUUUUCACUGGAUUUGCUUCUUGGCAUUGAGGUUUUGAUGCUGACCGUAGGUUACAGCAACUUCUACACCAUCAGCCAAUCUAGUAAAGGUUCGGGAGGUUGCAAGCUGGCUGUUGGAAAUGAACCAAGAAUUUCUGUCUGGGUGCAGCAAGAGGCGUCGAGCUGGAGGAUCCCUCAGAGGUAAUCCGUCAUUGAGUCAUGGGGAGGAGGAAAUGAACAGAGUUGUGGAAGAGCAAGAGGGUCAUUGUGCAAGGUUUGCUGAUGGCAAUGGGGCUGAGGCAAGCAGCAGCAAUAGUGACGAGGCCCAAGUUGCUAAAGCAGAGGAGGAAGAAAACAACAACCAAAUCACAGCAGAGGCCAAGGAAGAAAGCAAAGCGGAGGAACAAGAAGAUGGUGAAGAGGAAAUGGACCAAGACAGUGAUGAUUUUGAACAAUCUGAUGAUAGUAGAGAAGACGAUAGCACAAAUGGAAAUGAUGUAACCGAUCAGAAUUAUAAUAUUGAUGUUGCCAUCGAACAACCACUGCCUGUGUUAACUAAGAAUCAGAUGAAGAGAAAAUUGGACCCUGGCCCUGAGGUCCGGUCUUUCUCUUCAGGGAAGAAACCUUGCAAAGGCUCGGAAUACAAAAGCAGCACCACAGGGCUGGUUCCAUGUGCAGCAACACCUACCACCUUUGGCGACCUGAGAGCUGCAAAUGGACAAGGGCAACAGCGGCGUCGGAUCACAAGUGUCCAGCCACCUCCAGAACUGCAAGAUUGGCUGAAGACUUUUCAGAGUUGGAGUGGACCAGAAAGAUUACUUGCAUUGGAUGAAUUGAUUGACAGUUGUGAACCUACUCAAGUAAAGCACAUGAUGCAAGUUAUAGAACCCCAGUUCCAACGAGAUUUCAUAUCACUGCUUCCAAAAGAGCUCGCCCUGUAUGUUCUGUCAUUCCUGGAUCCUAAGGACCUGCUGCAGGCAGCACAGACCUGCCGCUAUUGGAGAAUACUGGCUGAAGACAACCUACUUUGGAGAGAAAAAUGUAAAGAGGAAGGAAUUGAUGAACCUGUAUAUAUCAAAAGGAGAAAAGUGAUCAAACCAGGCUUUGCACACAGCCCUUGGAAAAGUGCUUAUAUCCGACAGCACAGAAUAGAUACUAACUGGCGCUGUGGAGAUCUAAAGACGCCAAAGCAGGUGCUGAAAGGUCAUGAUGAUCAUGUGAUCACGUGCCUACAAUUCUGUGGUAACCGAAUUGUCAGUGGUUCUGAUGACAACACACUGAAAGUGUGGUCAGCUGUUACAGGAAAGUGUUUAAGAACAUUAGUAGGACAUACGGGUGGUGUCUGGUCAUCCCAGAUGAGAGGCAAUAUCAUUAUAAGCGGAUCCACUGACCGAACAUUGAAAGUAUGGAAUGCAGAUUCUGGUGAAUGUAUUCACACACUCUAUGGUCAUACCUCCACUGUGCGUUGCAUGCACCUCCAUGAAAAUCGAGUUGUGAGUGGCUCUCGAGAUGCUACUCUUCGUGUCUGGGACAUUGAAUCAGGACAGUGUUUACAUGUGUUGAUGGGUCAUGUUGCAGCUGUGCGAUGUGUACAGUAUGAUGGAAGAAGAGUUGUUAGUGGGGCAUAUGAUUUCAUGGUUAAGGUGUGGGACCCUGAAACAGAAACCUGUCUACAUACACUACAGGGACACACUAACAGGGUCUAUUCACUACAGUUUGAUGGUAUCCAUGUAGUAAGUGGCUCACUUGAUACCUCUAUUCGCGUAUGGGACGUGGAGACUGGGAAUUGUAUUCACACAUUAACGGGACAUCAGUCAUUAACUAGUGGAAUGGAACUGAAGGACAACACACUUGUUUCUGGAAAUGCAGAUUCCACAGUGAAAAUCUGGGACAUCAAAACAGGACAGUGUUUACAAACAUUACAAGGGCCUAACAAACAUCAGAGUGCUGUGACAUGCCUCCAGUUCAACAAGAACUUUGUGAUAACUAGCUCAGAUGAUGGGACUGUAAAACUUUGGGACCUGAAAACAGGAGAGUUCAUUCGAAAUUUGGUUACACUGGAAAGUGGAGGCAGUGGAGGUGUUGUCUGGCGAAUCAGAGCAUCAAAUACAAAGCUUGUGUGUGCAGUAGGAAGCAGAAAUGGGACUGAAGAAACAAAGUUGCUUGUAUUGGACUUUGACGUGGACAUGAAGUGAAGAAAUGGAUUAAGAAUUUGCCUGUUAAUUCAGUGUACAUCACCCCGACAUUGGUGGGUACAGGAUGUUGGUUCAGGGCAACAGGAUGCAUGAUGAAGACACAAAGACCUAAGGAUCACCGGGAAAGGGAGUGAGGGAGGACAUGUUAUAAUCGACAAAAUUUGACUUGGUCAGAUGCACAUAUUGUCAUGUUAUAUCUGGCUUCCCUUUGACUCUGGGCAGUUUUUGUGUAGAAAGACUUGAUACAAAGCCGAGUGCAAUGAUUAUUUUUUUAAUGAUUCUCAGCAGCAAGGCAUAAAAAAAAUUUAUUUGAAAUGUUAUGUUUUAAACAAGCUGCUUAUCAGGCCAAGAGCUGGUUUUCUUAAAGACUUGGGUUGUCUAAAUGUCUCAGUUUUGUCUUUCCAGGUUUCAACAUUUGGGACCUUACUGUGAAUUUUGUACAAUUUUUAUAUAUAUAUAUAUAAAAAAAUAUAUAUAUAUAAGCCUAAUGUUGCCAACAAACGGUCACAGUAUUAACAUAUAUUUCUCUAUUUAUUCACCACUGCUUCCAGAUUCUUUUAAUGAGGGUUUAUAUAGUUCUUUAGAGGCAAAUUAUCCUGAGUGAUCUAAGUACUUAAAAGAACUCAAAGGUGGAAGAGUUCUUUAGGUUGCUAUUUGAAUGAGUCUUUGGACUUGUUAAAAUUGUCCCAUCCCUGUACUGUAAUACCAGUGGCCAAAUAACUUGCUGCUAAGUCAUCUUUUGUGACAUUUCACAUCCACAUACUAGUUCUAAACUUGAUCUAGUAUGGAUGAUUUUUGAGUUUUAAAAAGGCAUUUGCCACUGAAACUUGAGCCAACUGUGCCUCUGAGAGGCUGAAAGAAGGAAGGAGAUGCAGACUGUCAUAGUGUGAUUUGCUUGCAAGAAGGAAGUUGAGAAGUGUUAUGUGCUACAUUGGAGUUUUUUUUUGCAAACAAUGUUGAACACAUUCCUUCAGAUGGGAGCUCUUUCAGCCUGUAUUGUGGAGAAUUUCAUUGUGAGGACUAUGGUGGAACAGUCAAAAACACAAUUAAGAUUACUGACAUAAUGCAAAAGAACAAAUAAUUUAUGUGUGAUGUGCAUACAAAUAAGAAGUGUCAUUGCUGGUCAGUCUUAGUGUAAACAGUAUUGAAAUAUCCAAUUGUUACAGUUAUUGCUAUGAGCCACUGACGAAACAAUACCAAAUGUUUUGUACUGAAUGCGGCACAGGCAAAAACAGUUAAAUUGUUUGCCUAAUUAUUAUUCAAAAUCCACAAUGCAACAUGAACUGUGAAAGUGGUUUAACACUGUAUACUAAAUAAUCUUGAGUUAGAUACUUUGUUUUUCUUUUUACUUUCCUGUUAAUUUAUAGUCUGGUUUUUAAAACAAAACAAUAAAAUCAGAUUUCAGACUUUUUUUACUUUACAGUAUGUAACUGCCUGACAUGAUGGAGAAACGUUAAAGGGAUUGUGUCUAUGGUUUGAUUCACUUAGAAUUUUUAUUUUCUUAUAACUUAAGUGCAAUAAAAUGUGCUUUUUUUCAUUUGAAA